GAUCCCACCUGCUCUGAUCUCUCCCAGCAAGGCCUCGAUCCUGAUAGUGGAUGGAGCGAGGGGAAGAGCUGCAGGUCCCAGAUCUCAGCAAAGGCGAGGAUGACAAGAGCUGUCCAAGCCCCCAAAUAGGUGAGGGGCUGGCGAGCAUGGCCAGGGCAGAGGAUGCGGCACCGGGAAGGGGCGGCACCAGCACUGAUGUGGAGCCGGUGGAGGGAGCGUGGCCCAAAGACCCUGCUGCAGGGGCUGAGGAAGCGGCGCCCGGAGGCGGUGCAAGGGUGGAGGAGGCAGUGCCGGGAGGUAGCACUGAUGCAGAGCUGGCGCGGCACAGAGACCCCACCAUCAGGUGGCCCUUUAAAUGCGGCGACUGUGGGAAGAGCUUCCGGCAGAGUGCCAUGCUGACCAGGCACCAGCUACGGCAUGCGAGCGAGAGGCCGUACGUCUGCACCACCUGCAGCAAAGGCUUUUGCGACGGCGCAGCACUGGCUGCGCACCAACGGACGCACACGGGCGAGCGUCCCUUCCCCUGUCUGGCGUGCGGCAAGGCCUUUGCCAGCAGCUCGGCGCUGCUGGUGCAUCAGCGCGUGCACACCAGCGAGCGUCCCUACCGCUGCGGGGAGUGCGGGCAGAGUUUCCGGCAGAGUGCCCACCUGACGCAGCACCAGCAGGGUGCCCACCCCGGCCCGCGCCCCCAUGCCUGCACUUACUGCGGCAAGAGCUUCGGGCUGCGCUGCACGUUGGUGCGGCACUUGCGGACGCACCGUGUCGAACAGCCCCACGCCUGCCCCGACUGCCCCCGCCGCUUCCGCCACUGUGCCCACCUGCUCCGGCACCGGCUGGUACACACGGGCGAGCGCCCCUUCCCCUGCCCAGUCUGCGGCAGGGCCUUUGCCCUGAGCGCCACUUUGCUGCGGCACCAGCUGGUGCACACGGGCGAGCGCCCCCAUCGCUGUGAGGAGUGCGGGCGCAGCUACACGCAGAGCUCCUACCUGCGCCAGCACCAGCGCAGUGCCCAUGCUGGCCAGCGCCCCCACACCUGUCCUGACUGUGGCCAGGCCUUCGCCGACCGGGCCAACCUCCUGCGGCACCAGCGAGGCCACACGGACGCCCAGCCCCACACCUGUGCUGAGUGCGGGAAGCGCUUUGCCCAGCUGGCCAGCCUGGUGGAGCACCGCCGGCAGCACACGGGCGAGAAACCUCACGAGUGCCCCCGCUGCGGGCGCUGCUUCCGCCACCACUCGGCCCUGCUUCGCCACCAGCGCUCCCAUGCCGGGGAGCGCCCCUUCUGCUGUGGGCAGUGCGGGCGUGGCUACACCCGCAGCUCCAACCUCCUGCUGCACCAGCGGGUGCAUGCUGCUGAGUGACAUCCCCUCCGCCAGGACAUCACCGGCAGCCGGUGCCUCCCACACCACUCGUGCUGGGAUGGGCCUGGCCUGGCCCUGACCAGAGGGUGCACUCUUGCAUGGCCACUCCCCGCCCACUGCCCAGGAAUGGGGGUGGCUGGACCCAUCCAGGCACUGAGUGUGAGUGAAACUGCUGCCAGCACUCACGGUUUCUCCAGCCCCACGUAGCAACAUGGGGACAGAGCUUCCUGCAGGGUGGGGGCUUUGGGGAUGGAGGCUGUGCCCAGGCAGUGCCUGACCCCCUUUUUUUCUCCUCUUCGGCUGGCUGGUGCUGCCCGAUCUGCUGCCCCAACUCACCGGGCCCUGCCGUGUGGCCCAGCCAAGCCAAAACCCGCCCUGCAGCUGCCCAGCUGUGCCAGGGCGGGGGCACAGAAGCAGAGGGAUGCCAGCACUCAAUGCAGGCUUGUGGGAAAUGGGGGAGGGGCUGGCUGGAGGGAUGGAGAGGCUGCGGGUUGGGGGGAGCAGCUUCGAAUGAAUUUUCUAAAAUGUUUUGUUACAAAGUGAAAAUAAACCCGUGACGUUCUCAAGGCGCUGUGGGGUGUCUGCAGUGGGCAGGCACCGAGCCCCGUGUCCUGAGGGGAAUUGAAGCUCGGCACAGGCACCUGGGGUUGCUAUGGCUUCAUCCUGACUUCACUUUGGAGAAAAGUCUCUUUGGGGGUUUUUGUUGCCGCCACAAUGUGUGUGACCGUGGGCAGUGCCACCUCCCUGCUCUGUGCCAGUUGCUCCGAGAGGAGCUAGCUGCCUCCCUCCUCUGAGCAGGGACGGAUCCUUUGCAAGGCCUGUAACUGUUUCACGGCCAGGGCUGGCUCCAGGCACCAGCUGACCAAGCACGUGCUUGGGGCGGCACCUUGGGGUGGGGUGGUGCUCGAGUUUUGGGUUUGGCUUGGCGGGGCAGCGCUGGAGGGGGUUUUUUGUUUGUUUGUUGUUUCAGCCGGGGGGCGCGUUUCAGCGGCGUGGCGCUCAGGGGGGCAGGGGCUGGUGUGGCGCUCAGGGCUUUUGGUGGCGCUGCGUUCGGGGGGGGUGGGCGUUCAGCGGCCUGGCGCUUGUGGGAAGGGGUGUUACGUCGGGGUUGUGCUCUUUUUUUGCUUGGGGCAGCAAAAAAGUUAGAGUUGGCUCAGACCAUGGGGUGGCAGCCCCAGCCCUGGGGGAGAAUGGGGCCCAGCCAGCCACCAAGGUGUGGGAGGGGGCUGCAGUGCUGCUGCUAUGCUGGGUCCUUGCUCCCAGGCUAGAGAGCUCAGGGCCAGGAAGGACCAGCAGGACCCAGGCUCUGUGAACUCAGACUAGAGUCUAGUCUGUGGCUGAGCAGAGACCACACACCCCAUCCAUCCAUCCAGUCCAGAGUGAGACUCCCGCGCCCAGGAGAGUUGCCCCCAGGCCUGUUUAGUGAGAGCUGGGUAAGGACAAGCCACAUGGGCAGGAGCCCCCCUACCUCCCGAGCACACCAUGGUCACCUAGGGCAAGGUCUGGGUCCAGCCAAGCCCCAUAUUGUGGUGGGUGGGGCUGGUCCUGUACCCAAGAGGGAAAGUUCCAUUCCCCCCCCACACACACACACACAUGUGACUCAUAGCCUCACCCCCUCAUCUUUCGGGUGGAACAGCCACCCAGAAGAAUGAAAGUCAGCCCCUGUGAUAUUAAAAACAAUAAAAGAACCAACACACAUACGAAUACACCUAGCAGAGAUCACCCCCAUUGCAACGGCCACCCGGGCCUCUGCUAGGGGUCAGUCCCUGACACCCCACACAGGGGUUUUCUGUGGUUACAAGUUUGUAACAGCCUUAGCUCAGACCAAGCAACCCGUGAAGAGAUCAGUCUGUCCUUUAUCUGGCUUGAGCCUCUGUUGCUCAGAUUCCCGGUCCAGGUGAGCAGCAGAAAAUGCCCCUCUCCGUGGUGGGGCGUAGCUUCCAAAACCUGGGCUUUGCAUAUGUGGAACUGGGAAAUUUGCAUUCUCCUCCCCCUAGAGGUUCCCACAGGCAACCCCCUUGACCUGGUUUGUCCCAAACUCAGUUCUUGUCCGGCACGUGGUUCGCUACAGUCCUUUGAAGUUCAUAACACAUCCCAGUGUUCACAUCACAUCUUCCCUGCAGAGAGGGAUCACACACAACCCUGGCCCGCAAUAAUACAUAAACCAUUCACUUAAUAUAACAGGGAGUCCAGUGGGACCUUAAAGACUAAUGGAUUUAUUUGGGCAUAAUCUUUCAUGAGUAAAAAAAAAACCCUCUUCUUCAGAUGCGUGGAGUGAAAAUUACAGGUAGAGGCAUAAAUAUAUAUUGGCACCUGAAGAGAAGGGAGUUACCUUACAAGAGGAGAACCAGUUUGAUCGGGGUGGAUGUGGUCCACUCCCACUAAUUGAUGAGGAGGUGUCAGUACCAAGAGAGGGGAAAAUUGCUUUUUCAUUUGCAAACUUAAUGCCAUUAAUUUGGGCUUGAAUGGGAACUGGGAGUGGCUGGCUCACUACAAAAGCAAUUUUCCCUCUCUUGGCCCCAGCCCUGAGCUGCCCCCAAACCCAGAGCCCUUUCGUGUACCCCAAACACCUCAUCCCCAGCUGUACCCCAGAGCCUAUACCCCAAGCCCAGAGUCCUGACCACCUCCUGCAUCCCAACCCAGCUCCCCCUUCUGCUCCCCAAACCUGUCAUCCCCAGCCCUACCCCAUAGCCCUG